AUGGAAAGUGCAAAUUUUGAUCUAGAGCCCACAUCUGGUAACAGUUGUGUAGCUAGUCCUACCAUUGCUAAUUCGAAAAACCAAACUGAUGCUGAAGUUGCAAUGGGGUACACAAUGACUGAAAUCUGCGACAAAUUCAUUGAGUUCUUCAUGUAUACGAAACCAGAAACAAAGGACUGGAGAAAGUUAUUGGUGUUUAGAGAGGAGUGGCGAAGGUAUAGGGAGCACUUCUACAAGCGCUGUCAAGUGCGCAUAGAUAUGGAAACUGAUCCUUCAUUGAAACAAAAGUUGGUUGUACUUGCUAGAAAAGUUAAGAAGAUAGAUGACGAAAUAGAGAAGCACAUGGAACUCUUCACUGAGCUCAGAGAGAACCCUGCUGAUAUUAAUGCUAUUGUUGCAAGACGACGGAAGGAUUUCACUGGGGAGUUCUUCCGCCAUCUUAACUUCCUUGUGAAUGCUUAUAAUGGCCUUGAUGAGCGAGAUGGAAUAGUCAGGCUUGGGGCCAAAUGCCUAUCUGCAAUUCAUGCAUAUGAUUGCACACUGGAACAGUUGGAUAUCGAAUCUGCUCAGUUGAAGUUUGAUGAUAUACUGAAUUCCUCUUCACUAAAUGGUGCUUGUGACAAGAUCAAAAGCUUAGCCAAGGCUAAAGAACUUGAUUCAUCUCUAAUUCUUCUCAUUAACAGAGCUUGGGCUGCUGCAAAAGAAUCUACAACUAUGAAUGAUAAGGUCAAGGACAUAAUGUAUCAUAUUUAUACAACUACAAAAGAAAGCCUCAAGAACAUCUCACCUCCGGAGAUGAAGCUUCUGAAGUAUUUGCUGAAUAUUGAAGAGCCUGAAGAGAGAUUUGGUGCUCUUGCAACUGCUUUCUCUCCCGGAGAUGAGCGUGAAGCCAAGGACGAAGAUGCUCUUUACACAACUCCCAACGAACUCCACAAAUGGAUCAAAAUGCUGCUCGAUUCAUACCAUCUCAACAAGGAGGAGACGGAUUUUAUGGAUGCGAGAAAGAUGAGUGACCCAGUGAUCAUCCAGAGGUUAACUUUGCUGAAGGAGACGAUCGCAGAAGAAUACAUGAAGCAGUACAUACAUCCCGAGGAGGAAGAAUCCAUGGACGACAACUAG